AUGCUAAUUUUUCUUUUAUUAUUGGCGUUUGCUACUGAUUAUGCUAGAAGUGGGGACUGCAAUUUGAUCUCAAAGGAAGGACACGGAAAUUUACAGGUGCAUGGACAUGGUCUUCAUCGACAAAUCGAGUUGACAACAUUCAUUCAAGCAAAAUCACGAGUUCCACAAUGCCGAUUGAUGUACAGUGUCUCAAUUCCCAAUGAGGCAUAUGUUGAUGAAAGAGAACUGACCAGCGCAUUUCCUGGCUAUGAAAUAGUCUUUGGAGACAGCAAAAAGAAUAAUAAUCGUCUGAUUUACAUCGUCAGACAAAAGUUGUUCCUCUCCACAUUUGAAAUGAAAGAAAAGCUGAAAUUUCCAGUUCACUUGUUGCCACCUAGUAAGCAGAGACUUCCGGAAGUAAAAUUUUUCCAACCUAUAAUCGCUGUGGAUUGCAAGGGAGAUUUCACAGGCUGUCCAACAACUGGAAUUCGAAGUAAAGACGCUCGAGUGAAGCCCACAUCCGGAAAAUGGCUGCAAGUGAAACCUUGGGAAAAAAUCCGAACAGUCGUCGACAUUUUCCGAAAGGAGCCACUGUUUCCCGAACUCCCACUGCAGUCACUAUUUAUCUUAGCAGCAUCUUUAUCGUUUAGCAUGUUUUAUUUAAUGAAUUAG